CAGAUAGGAGAAUUGUCCGCAUAUGUCGGAUGGAUUGUGAAAGAAAGUUGAUCUGAAGUAGUUUUCUUAUUAACUGCAUAUCCCAGUAAUUUCCCAAGUUGGUUUGAAGGUCCCCGAAGUUGUUUUGAAUAAUUCUCACAUAAAUAUUAGCAACAAAUCAAAAUAUACGUUGAAGAAAAGUAAUUUUAGCUGUAUUCGAGUGUAAUUGAAUUAGAACAUGUCAGCCAUCGAAUUGCUUAAGGAACUUAUCAAAGCCUCGGAAAAGGCCGCCAAUAUUGCCCGAAUCUGCCGCAAAGAUGAGCAUCUUUUUAGUUUACUGGUGCAAGAAAAGAGUGCCGAAGAGUCCAACACAAGAUUCGAACAUGAUUUCAAGACAUUGGCCGAUUGUUUAAUUCAGGAAACAGUCAAGCGUGAUAUUGGAAAAAUGUUUCCAGGAUUGCAAGAUAAUAUUCGAGGGGAGGAAAAUCCCAAGUUUACUAAUGCAACUGGUGAAUCAAUUACAGUUACUGUGACCGACGAUAAGGGUGAUACCAUCGAUAAUAUUCAAAAGGUCUUGAAUGGCGAUAGAGAAGCAGCCGUGCAACUGGUUGAGGAAGUAUUUCGAGAAGUCGAAAUCGAUCUGGAUAAGUGGCAAAUUCCGGAUGAAUCAAUUGCUUUGGACAAUGAUAUUUCCGAACUAGGCAUCUGGAUUGAUCCGAUAGAUGCAACUGCGGAGUACAUUCGUGCACAAGAUAAAACCACUAAAUAUCCAAACAUUAUGGCGUCAGGAUUGACUUGUGUUACAGUGUUGAUUGGUGUUUACGAAACAGUCUGUGGUGACCCAAUACUUGGUGUAGUUAACCAACCAUUUGCUAGUAAAAAUGAAUCUGACGAUUACGAGAGCAGAAUCUACUGGGGAUUGACUGUAGGCGAUUUGAAAUUUAAUAAUGUACUUGCGGUUGAAAACGAAGAUAGAAUUGCAAUAUUAUCACCAUCGGAACAAUCUAAAUACGUAGAGUUCCUUAAGAAUCAACUAAAAUACGACAUUGUUUACUCGUCAGGGGCGGGUCACAAGAUAUUAAAGGUCAUUACUGGUGAAGCGGAGCUGUUUUUGCUCAGCAAGGGUACUACAUAUAAAUGGGAUACAUGUGCACCUCAAGCGAUUCUACGAUCGUUGGAUGGCGAAUUGUUCAACUUACAGGAAACUUUGAUUAACAAAUCACUAAAGAAAAUAUCAUACCGCGAACAGAAAAUUAUACGUAACACUGGGGGGUUGAUUGCAUAUCGAAACAUCGAAAAAUUUAAAGAUUUCCUAAAACUGUAAAUAUCAUUGAAAUUUCGCUUGAUCCAGUAUAGAAACUUUUGGCGGCGAAACAUCAGAAGAUGUUUUCCCAAGAAAAAAGUAUAUUAUUAUCAAAUCUAGUCCCAAACUGCGUAGUGGUGAUUGACUGUUGUCGAUAUGUAGUUAUAAAAUAGUGUUUAAAUGUUCAACUGAUUAGUAUUGAGUGUAGGUAUAGUUAAGAAACUAUGCAGUAAGUUCACUGUGAGCUACCUAAUAUAAACAAGCAUGCAAUAGUCGUUUUGAUGCAUUUAAUGUGCAGUUUAGCAAGCUAUUUUGAGAAUCACCAGUUUUAGUUAUUUACUAAGCUUAGCAAAUUGAACUAUCCAUUGUGACGAGCUGUGUACUAACUCCCGCCUACUACCGUGUGAACUAAUCCGUAAACUCCAUCUGAGGACUAAUCCGGCAAAUUGAAGUACAUUUAGCAGCAAAUGACAGCAAAAUAUUUUGUUAUGCUAUUUAGACCACAGAAGAAAUUGCUAUUUGUGUCCAAAUGCUUUUGGAUACCUGUUUUGCUAAUGUUGAAAACAAAUAAAUAUUAUACAUGGAAAUAUACCGAACGGCUCAGUAAUGAGCCAACAAAAUACACAUUGAUGUAAAACGAAUAUAGAACAAAUAUCAAUUAGAAGAGCUUUAAUGUAUGAUUAGGAUGUAGAUGCGCAUUUAAAAUGCUAACAAG